UAAAGAGGCCAGGGAAACGAACGUUAUCCAACUUUUAAUAUCUUAAUUAGACAGAAAAGUUAGUUUUGUCUUAUAUGGAAGUUAACGUAACAUAAACAAAUGAAGAAAGUACAAAUGACAAAAUUAACUUUUCGUCAUGAAUAACGUGUGGUUUAUCGCGGUUAUUCUCUUAAUUCCAUGUAAUAUAACAGUUUUGUCGACAUCGAAUGCAGACGAAUUUCCCCAAUCGGACGAACCUAGUAGAGUUGUUAAUCAGAUGAGUCCUUGUCAAGCAACGUUGAAUACUGGAGGAUUAAUUAAUCUCAGUCCAUUAUCUAGGUCGGACGGAGUUGCACGUUUCCAGAGUACCGGUCGGGUGUGGAAUUACUCAUUUAAUCCUUGUUCUUCGUAUAACGAACCUAGAGAUCCACAUACAGGUUUUGGAGAUGGCUGCUCCUCUGUUCUUAUGUGUGUAUUUGGAUUGGAUAGUGAGAAAUAUCAUUACUACACAUUGGGUAUUGAAAGAACAGCAACUUUUCGUUUAAAGGAAGAAAAUAAUAAAACAGAUAUACAACUAGUAUUACGAGGAACAAAAUCUAUGCGGCAUCGUCUAACGUUUCUAUUAUUAGUAUGUGAUAGAAAUCUUGUCAAGCCAGAAGAUGCUGUGUUUGAAGUAAAACAUAAUAUUGGUAGACAACCAGUGACUGGUAAAAUACGUCAUAUCUGUUGUUGUCCAGAUGGUUGUCCUUUGGAAGUUUCAAAAAAUAUUACCAACGCUAAUCUAACAGAAAUUGAACCAAAGCCACGUAAAGCUGAUAAAAAGUUGUUAUUGAUAGUUGUAGUUACGAAUCUUGGUUUAUUAUUUCUAGCUGCGUUAAUUGGUGGAUUAUGUUACAUCAAGAGAACACAUGUACAUCAAUAUAAACAUUAUAAAGGUCUACAGGGAAUUGAUCCAAAUGCUCGGAGGUCCAUCUCAGUGAAUAAUAAGCCAGGGAGGUUAAAUCGCCCUUCACCUUACAGUGAUUGGGAACCAUCGGAUGCUAUGGCCAAAAAGAAAUUAUUACCGGUUUUAGAAGAAUCGGAGAUCAGUAUUCGUAGUCUAGAAAUGAGUCAAAGAUUAGGAGGUGGAAUAUUUGGUGAUACACAUAUAGCUAAAUGGAACCACAUGAAUGUUGCUGUAAAAAGACUCACUUUAACAGUUCAUGAAAAUCAGCUGACGCCAAAAACCAUGGAAUACAUGAAAUCAGAAGUGUGGAAAUUAAGUCGUUUGAGACACAAGUUAAUAGUAACAGUAUUAGGAUUGUGUUUAGAUAGUAAAAUGCCGUACAUCAUAACAGAAUAUGUUGAAGGAGAGUGUUUACAAGAUUUUAUUAAAGUUAAAGGCAGUCGGUUAACAUGGCCACAGAGAGUUAAAAUAUGUACACAAAUAGCAGACGGGAUUGCGUUCUUACAUUCAUGUAAACCAAUCAUCAUUCAUCGAGAUCUGAGAUGUGGUAACCUGUUUAUCCUUGAUGAAGAUAUCAUAAAGGUGGCAGAUUUUGGGUUAACCAAAUUAAUUCAGCCAAUGAGAGAAGAAUGCCCACAAGAUGAUUGUUGUUGUAUGAGAGAAUAUAGUGCAUGUCCAGCCAUGUUGAGAUGGACGGCACCAGAAUUAUUGAGUAAUCCAACAGCCCAGGAAGAUGAUAACGAGACCGUUAUCACGUCUAGUUGCGAUGUUUAUUCAUUUGGUAUGGUCAUGUGGGAAAUCUAUAUGAUGGAGGAACCAUUCGAGGAUUUGAACACAGAACAAGAGAUUAUAGAGUUUGUAACAGCUGGUGGUAGACCGGAAUUAACAGUCACACCAGAUUUAUUAGUUCAGUACAAAGAUCUGAUGGUACAGUGUUGGAGUCAGCAACCACAAUUACGACUAUCAUCAAAACAGGUGGCAGUCAAGUUAAAAGAAAUGAUGCAGAAUGCGAGAGCUUUUCAAAAAUCAUUAAAGAGCAGACAACAAAAGUCACAGCACCAGCAGACACCACCAGUGUAGCUAGUCAGACAUUAUGUGCAGAUAACGGCUAUACAUAACAGUACUCAUUUAUAUCUUCAUCAACACUCAUAACACCUGAUCUUUACCUGUACAGAUCUGAACUCAAGGAUCUGACUGUGUUUAUAAGUACCAUUAGUCAUAUACCAAUAUGAAAAGUGUGAGAAUCUUAAACAUGGUAGUUGAAAUGUCUGAAACAUGGUAGUUAAAAUGUCUGAAACAUGGUAGUUGAAAUGUCUGAAACAUGGUAGUUAAAAUGUCCGAAACAUGGUAGUUAAAAUGGCUGAAGCUGAAACAUGGUAGUUAAAAUGUCUGAAACAUGUAGUUAAAAUGUCUGAAACAUUGUAGUUAAAAUGAGACAAGAACAUCAAAGCAGGUCUGUCGAAGUUAUAACAUAAUGCAGUAGAGUGUCUUAUUAUCUUAUGCUUUCAGUGAUAAAAAUGUGGCACCAGAGGAUCCGUAUGUGAAAUGUUCAAUGAUAUCCAUGUGACACUUUAGAUCACUUGUAUGUGACACAUACAGUUAUAACCAUGUGGCACAAGAUCACCUGUAGGUGACACGUGCAGUGGUAACCAUGUGACAUGCACAGUAGUAUUGAUGUUAUGCCAGAUCACCUGUAUGAGACAUGUAGGUGACAUGUACAGUGAUAACCAUGUGGCACCAGAUCGCCUGUAUGUGACACCACAAGAUAACCUGUAUGUCCCUUACAAUGUCCAUUUGUAAUGUUUCAUGAGUGUAAUUAAUUCAGGGAGAAAAACUCUCAGAUCUUCAAUAAAAUGUGCACAAUCCAGUUUUAGUCUUGAAAAUUUGAAAACUAUGUAUUUGGAAAUGUUUGUUGAUAAUAACUGCUAAGAGAAUGGAAUAAUAUCAAAUCUGGAAUCUGGCAUUAAUAAUUUACCAAUAAUUUGUAUAUUAAAAUGGCAUUUUAAUGAUUUUUUUUAAUUAAUAUUCAUAAUAUUGAUCAAUAUUAUUAGUAACAUUAUAUUGGGAUACUCUAUUGAAUUUCCAGAAUUGAAUUCUCUGAAUUCUUUGAAGAAUAUGAUUUGAAUAACCACGAAAAUUUUGUGCCAAAAUACAUGUACGAACUGUAUGAUAUUAUACAAUCUCUUUCUGGGACUGUCAUGUUUUGUUUGGUUAACAUAGUUACCAUAGUUGCCGUAGUUACAUCUGACAUAUUUUUUUUUGAAGAUGGUGUUUUGAGAAUUUUAAAAUCCAAUCUUAUAAAAGGGAGUAGAUCUGAUGGGUUUUGGGUUAUAGUAUGACAGGUUGAUACACAAGUUUCACUGCUAGAAUAUGUUUGUGAUAGAAAGUUGGCUAGAUUAUGAUGUAGCAUUAGGGUAAUUUAUAAGCCACCAUUCCCUUUAAUAUAACCACACCUCAACAAAAAUAAUUCUUGGUAAUUUGUUAUAGAGAAUGUUGUAUUCUGAAUAGGCACAUAUAUGUGAUUACAACAAAAAGUAACGACAAAUAGGUAGUAAUAGUAAUAUUCCUGAAUAAAUUACUGCCUUCGUUUAUUCGAUGAAUAAGAUAUAUAUAGUUCCGAAGCUGUAGUCAAAAAAAGCUGAUAAACCAUGGCAUUUCUUUAUAUUUGACACAAAUUAUUACAUUUGAGGCUAAAAUAUUCACUGAGGUAAUUUCUUUGUAUUGAAGUGAAACUACGUGUUGACUGAUGCACACUAUCUUUGUAUUGAAGUGAAACUACAUGUUGACUGAAGCACACUAUCUUUGUAUUGAAGUGAAACUACAUGUUGACUGAAGCACACCAUCUUUGUAUUGAAGUAAAACUAUAUGUUGACUGAAGCACACCAUCUUUGUAUUGAAGUAAAACUACAUGUACUGAUAUUACUAACAAUACAGUAUUCAGUUAUAUGAAUAUCUCAGUAAUCUAUAGAACAGUCUUAACCUGUAAACAGUUGAUAUGCAGAGCCUAUAACUGAUUGUGUAUCUUUGUAUUACUAACAAUAUGGUAUUCAGUUAUAUGAAUAUGUCAAUGACUUAUAAAACUAUAAAGAUUAACCCUGGCCUGUAAACAGGCCUGGAAAUAAUGGUUUUAGAAGGACAUUACAAAAUGUGAGGCACUAAUGAAAUCAAAUAGUACCCGAGAUUUUCAACUCAGUGCCAGACAUGUAUUAAUAAUAUCAAUAAAUCUGUGCCGGGCAAAAUGACAGACACCAGGCACCAGAGGUUUAGUGCCUGACAAAGCCUGAUUCUAUGUGCCAGACAUUGUCUGUGACAGGGGCCUUAUUUCCAGGCUAUACAGUAAAACAAGUGGUUUCUUUAUAUUGUUAAGGUAGCUGUAUAUAGCAGAUGUUUGUAUAGCAUGUUGAAUGGUACACUAAAAUUAUGAACUUUGUAUGCAUGCACUGCCAAUAUUUUUUUCAUAUUGUUCCCGCAUUCCCCCUAAAAAUGUUGUUAAUGCACUCUGAUAUCCAUGUAACUAAAUGAAAAAUAACAAAAUAUUUAUUAAAAUGAUAUUUACUAAAGCCAACAAAAUAUACUCUUAAAAAAAAAUAGGGGAUAUUGAAAUUACCAUGGACAUUUGACAUGCUUUGAGAGUAUGUUCACAGAUGAAGAACUUAUCGCCCCAACAGAACCACUGAGCUGCACAUGCGACACGCAAUAGCGCCAUACACGUGGGAGGGGUUCAUUGUCAAAUUUGACACUUCAAGGAAGGGUUGAUGAAAACUUCCAAGUACUGGUUUAUCUAUCCAUGUUUGCUUUCCUAUCGGUUCUUGCAUAAGAUUUACUGUUUAGCGUAUCUUUGCUUUAGUGUGUUACGUUUAAUUUGAUCGGGAGACAUGUUCGUCGACGUCAACGUCAACCGACAACUCUGCAAGAAUUGACCCUGGCACUGCAAGAGGAGUGGGUCGGAUUGCCCCAAAUCCUGAUUGGACACUUGAUUAGGAGAAUGCCACGACGAAUUGCUGAAUGUCUGAGGAUUGGUGGAGCAUUUACUCAUUAUUAAGACAAAAAUCAAAAACGUCCAUUUUCACUUUUGACGGCUUAUCUUUUUGCGAGUGAAAUGGGGUCGUCAUAUAAGCCGCCCAUAUGAACUGUUUAUGUUCCUGUGUAGGCAAUUGGCCUGUUAUUAACAUACACUGGUUAGCUCUAAUGAAAACGGCAGUGCAUUUCCACAGUUUUAUAUUGUUUCUGAAUAUCCCCUACUUUUUUGGAAUAGUAUAUUUACUAAAACCAACAAAAUGCCAACAAAAUAUUUACUAAAGCCAACAAAAUACUUACAAACAAGUAUGUUAGUACUGUGGACUAGGAACCGAGAAUGAGGUCAUCACUGCCAAUGGUACCGCCAUAUCAAAAUUGAUGCACAAUUGUCCAAGGAACAAGCAGGACAAGUUUCACGUCAAUCCUACUGGAAUAUGUGGAGCCUUAGGGUUUAUAUGAAGAACAAGAUGAGUUGUGCUUGCGUACCAGUUCCUAGUCUAUAAAUAGUCAUGAAUCUGCACGUUAGUCGUUAGAAGUUCUACUAUUUUGACUAUAUUCAAAUAACGCUGGUUAUUGUCACUGUAUGUCCCAGUGUGCAUAUAUAUGUUUAUUUUUUUUUAUAUACAUGAAACAUAAGAAACUUUCCAAGCCUGGAAAUAACAGUUUUAGAUGUACCUGACAAAAUGUGAGGCACUAAUGAAAUAGAACCUAACAUUUUCAACUUAGUGCCAGACAUGCAUUGAUAAUAUCAAUAAAAACGACAAAUCAGUGUCGGACAAAAUGACAGGCACCUGAUAUUGUCUGUGACAGGUGCCUUAUUUCCAGGCAUGAUUUAUUUCACAUUUAUAAUCCUAUCUCAGGCUGAAUUAUCUUAUUAAUAAUAUAUUGUAUAUAAAUAGUCAUUAUAAUUGUACAUAUUAAGUAUAGCUGGAAAUAAAAUUUAUAUAUAUAUGUAUUAACAUAUUUCACUGAAUAACUGCAUAUCGACUAAAAUCAUUGAUUUAGUAAUUAAAAUGACGGUUAACCAGCUGAGUGUCUGUUCUCAAUUGAAGCUAAUUGUAGAUGGAUAGCGAAAGUUUAGUAUUAAUCUGAUUAAAAUACAAAUCUAUAUUUCGUUUCGUUUUUUUAUACUUUCGAUGGCCUACUCUACAUGAAGAUCUGACCAGUUGUAGUGGAAGGUUGCGUCAGAGGUCAUACGAGCGACAUUUGACCCUAUGACAUCAGACAUUUGAUUAACCAAUCAGCAUUGAUGUUUUUAGCCUGUUACCCACAGUUCCGCGCACCUCAAGCCAAGAACUUGCCGUAACAGACCGUUUCAUUGGCUAAUACCUCACGGGUUAUAUAACAACUCUUCCAGAUCCUAGUUGAGUAGACAAGUAAAACAAAAUUUUAAACUAUAAAAAAAACGAAACGAAGUAGGACCUGUGUUUGAAUCAGAUUGGUUUAGUAUGAGGUGUUGAUUGUGUUGAAUAUUAAUUAGCAUAUUUACUAUUAUCCAGAGGUUAUUUUUAAAAAUAGUACUAGAACUAUGUGAGAGAGUCACAGUAAGAUGCUGGCUCGCUAACCAGAAGGUCUUGGGUUUGAUCCUGGUGUUGGCUGAGAAAGUUUCUCUGGAUUUUCCACGCCGGUUUGCCCUUGUCAGUCGUUCAGGAGGGAGGAACUAGCAAGGAAUAGCAUCAUAAAAGAACACUUAACAUUUCAAAUUUACAGCUGUCUGGGUAAAACUUUCUCUUUAGCACACUGGUUGGUGCAGAAAUAUGGGAUGUUAAAUCCCAUUUCAUUUCAUGUAGUGUCCAAUCAAAUAUUUGAAAUCUGUUGAUUGGGCUAUUUGAUACUUCAUUGUGAGAAUGAAAAUAAAGCCGUAAUAAGAAUGGUUGAUGAAUGAAUAUCUAGUCUGGAUUCAUCUUAGUCUUGUUAGAGAAUUCAAUUUCACCGUAUUCCUCAUUGUAUUAAUUAAACUAUUAGUGAGGGAGUGUGUUUUCCCCCUUCAUAUCUGACGAUCUGAGAUAUCAAAAAUUGAUGUUUGUACUUUUCCUUCAAACUCAUUGAAGCUUAGGGUGAUAAUAUGUUUAUGGUUAAGAAUGACCGUUGAAAGUAGGGAUUGAAAGUAGAGAUCGUGGACAUUUGAAUAUUAAAAAUUUGAGUCAUCAAAAAUAUUUUAAAGCUUGGGACUGAGGUAGUCGAGGAGUACCAGAUUUGAAUAUUUUGUUGACAUGAGAUUUUGAACUGUGGGAUGAAUUGAAUACCGUACUUAAAUUAAAUAUGAAAAUAGCGAGGUUCAGCUAUUUUUAUUCUGAGUGGGAUUUGAAAUUUUGUCGACAUGUGAUUUUUAAUUGUGGUAUGAAUUCUUCUGCUUAAAUAACGAUAAGAGUCAUGCCCCUUUAUUUUUGGUAAAAUGUCCGACAACAAAAAUUUUGAAAUCCAAUCACUGAUGCCUUGAAUUUUCAAGUAGAAUUUACCAGGUUUGAGGGGCUAUGAAGAAUUUGUUAAACCCUGUUCCCACAUGUUAAGGGAAUAUGUACACAAGUGAACCUCAAUUUUUGUCCCAUCUGAAUGACUAGGCACUAGCCUAUUCAUUGCCUAGUCAUUCAGAUGGGAAAAAAUAAAGAGGUUCAAUUGUGUCCACAUCAGAGUGCCCAUAUAAGACAUUCAUCAGUUAGAAUUCUAUGAAGAAUGGGAAGAAAAUUUGCUGUCUGGGGGGCAAAAUACUCUGCACAAGUGACUGUGACUGUAUGAAAAGAACCCAAAGCCUUUGUUGGUCGCAAAAUAACCAAAAUGUUUAAUGAGAUCUUAAACCCGAUUCCUAUUCAGCCAUAUCAUUCAAGAACUGUUAAUGAUAGUCCCAUGUUAACAUAAAUAUGUGUUCAAUAUUCAUUCAAUACAUCAUAAGAAUUAAUAUUCUUCAUCAAUUUCUUAUGAAAGUCACACUCACAGAAUAUGAAUCCCUUGUAAACAACAAUAUAGUAAAAGUUAAAUUUCUAAAAUGGUUAUCCGUUUGAAAUUGUUUCAGUUCCGUUCAGUAUUUACAAAGAUGAAGAAUGGGAAAUUUCACAAUAUUCUGCAGACGAUGAAACAAGCUAACGCCUCUCGGAAUCUUUUCAUUCAUUUCAGUCCAUACUAGUAGAUUAUCUACCAUUAAUAUUUUGAUUUUGUUGUUAAAUUAUUAAUUUGAGUAAAUUUAACGUGGAUCAAACAGAAAAAAAAAUCAGAUAUUGUACGAAAAAUAUGUGAUCUGGAUAAACGUCUAUAAAAUGAAUACGUGACAAGGAGUAGAGUCACCUGUCCAACCUCGUGGGUUUUCUCUGGGUCCUCUGGUUUCCUCCCACUGCUAAAGACCCCUACGUGCAAGUGAAUUAUUGCAAUAAAACUGAACCAUGUGUUAGUCCCGAAAUGACCUAGUUUGUGUCGAGUGGACGUUAAACCCCAUUUCUCUCUCACUCUCUGUUGGUCUCUGACCACACACAGUUCCCUUGUCACAGUUGCAAUCCAGUUUUUAAAUUUUACAUGAGCUUGAAGAAGCAGCCUAUUGAUUUUCAAACCUCAUUUUGAAAUAAGGCAAGUAGACUAUCAAAACGUGUAAAAUAAGAUUUCAAUUCUUAGUUGAUGCCAGGCAGAGAAGGUCAUGAGAUUUAUUUGUAGAGUUAUUUCCCAUGUAAAUGUAUAACAAUGCAAAUUUGAUUUUUAAUUGCUGGAACACUUUGUUAAUGUGCACCUAUGUUUUGUUGUCUGGCAACCAAUAUUAAUGAUAUUAAGAGUAUGGAUGUUGAUGUUAUUCUUGCUUUAACCUUUUAGCACAUUUAAGGCAUAUAUAGAAAGACCUGCAGAAGGCAGAUUUAGCUCUUGCAUAAUGCAUGUUUAAGGACUGCACACUAGCUAGUUCUGUGAAUUUUGUGUGCAGUAUUGCAAAUAUUGAAGCAGACUUUAAACUUCCAACCACUACUACUAGUAGUUCUAUGAUAUAGGCAACUUAGCGCGGUCUAUGGAGCAGUAGUUUCGGGCCAUUUAAAAAAUGAACUACAAAACUCAAUUUAAAAAAACUCAUUAUUUUUCGAAGAACUGGGGUAGUCAAAUACUUAUGUGUACCAGAUGCUAAAAGGUUAAUUAUAUUUAUGUUAAUAAAUGGAUAUAUUUCAAUAAGGCAUUAAAUUGUUGUGUAAUAUAGCCAGCCGGUCAGGUACCUGAAAUUAUUUAUAUUAAUUAAGAAUUAUAUGAAAACAUAUGUAACCAGUUUAUAAUAGCAUUUAUUUCUGUAUUAACCCUUGUAGAAACACUGCAAUAAUUGUACAUUUAAACCAAUUCGAUACGUCAUGAUAAUAAAAUAUUACAGCCUU